GUUAAAGGUUUAUUGACUGAAGAACUUGAAGUUUAUCGACUAAAGAAAUCUAAUUGUUUUGAAGGAGUAGGAGAGUGGGUGGGGGAUUGGAAGUGGGAAAGUGGGGUGGGACAGAGAGAGGGAAAAAAGAGGAGUGGGGAAGAAUAUGCAGCACCUAAAAAUGAAUCUAGAGAAGAUAGAGCUAAUAGAUUAAAAAGAAGAAGACAAGCUAAAUAUAUGCAUUACCAAAAAGAAGAAGAUAUUGCAGGACCUUCAAGAAGAACAAGAUCUCAAACUUCUAAAGCAUCAUCAGAAACAAGAUCAAAAACAAAAGAAG